UGUGUACAAUGGUGGAAGGCAGGGUGGCGUUUGCGUAGCAGAAAUAGCAUAAAUGUCAUCUAUACAGCUAUAUCGACUUGUUCGUCUAUGAAAUGUAAGGGAGUCGUUUGAUUAGGCUGCAUAAAUUAUGUCUGGCAGUCAAGACACACAGAAGUCAGAUAAUUCGGACCUCCCAGAAACUGGAAGUGAUGGAGGAGAAACUCAGAACGAAAGUCCACCGACAAAUUUUAAACGAGCUGAAGGAAAGAAGUCUGAUAAGCAGAAGAUUGACAUACUCUUGAAAGCAACGGGAAAUGCACCAAUCAUGAAGAAGAAAAAGUGGGCAGUAGAUCCAGAGAGGAAGAUUGGGUGGAUAAUUGAGUUCAUGAAAAAAUACUUGAAGCUGGAUCGCUCAGAACAUUUGUUCCUGUAUGUUAACCAGUCAUUUGCCCCGGCACCAGACCAGGUUGUGAAGAAUCUCUAUGAAUGCUAUGGAACAGACGGCAAACUUGUUCUUCACUACUGCAAGAGUCAAGCUUGGGGCUGAAUCAUCACACACACAAUGCCUGUUUCCUAAUUUAAGCGUAAAAUAUUAUGUUCUUACAGUAAUCUUGUAUCUGUCAUAGAUAUUACAGUUUUAAAAUUCUCUUCUAAGUAUGAUGUAUGAAAUUUCUGAACCAAAAGCAUGGCCAGCAUUUCUUUUAAUAUAUAUGUAUAUUAUGGAAGAUAUACAACAACAGUAUGGUGUAUUUUUGUUUAUCUGAAUUAUAUGUUGUACAUAUUGAAUUGUUGAGUUAAUCUGCAUUUAAUGUUUUAAAUGUAAUGGUAUCAGACACUGCUAAAACAAACUGCACCAUUAAAACAUUAAACACCAUAUAAUUAUAAUGUUUUGCUAAUAUACUGUAUUAUUAUAAUAAAAUAUAUUGAAAAAAAUGUAUAUUUUAUUUUCAG